AGGGAAGUAGGCCAUGUAGUGCUCAAUAUGGUCCUUGGUUAUAUGAUUCAUUUGGAAGAUCAAUUCUUAUUCUUAGGCAGAGUUUUCUGGCGGAUGUCUCCAACGAAUUUUCAGCAAUGUCCACAUAUAUGGGGGAAUCUGACAAUUUGGAGUUGCAGAAAUUAACCGAUCUAGUUAUGCUUCCUCAGGUGGGCCUGGCCUUGGAUUCUUCUGGUGGGUCAAUAGUUCUCGAAACAGAUAAGGUGACUGGGUCAGGCCCCAUUGAGAUUAAGCACGGAGAGAAAGGGAAGUCAAUUAGGGCUUUUGAGGGAUUGAAGAUAGAAGAAGACUGGACUGUGCAGGAGGUUAUUUCUGGAGUGAAGCGGAGCAGUGGGAAAGUUGACGAUGGUCUCUUUGCAAAAAGGGUAAGGAUUGGUUUGGUAGAUGGCAAUCUUCAGAACUCAACUACAAUAUCGGCGGCGAGACUGUCGAGGGCUUGGGAAACCUCGGACAGUUCGGGCUCUUCAUCAUUUUGGGAAGAAGGAAGAUCCUAG